AUGCCCACUGCUCAGCUCAAUAUCGAAGAACUUCUCCGUCUGCGCGUGGAGGAAAUCUCCCGCUUCCUAGAUGCAGGGCCGGGACAAUAUGGGGAGGUUAAGGCUAGUCUUAUCGCUGCAAGUAUCAAUGGACUAUUCCGGGAAUUCUGGGAAAGGGAGUUUCAGAAUGAGGACAAGAUCCCAGAGUUCUUCCGGCGGCUGUGGAACCUGAUCAUCUCUAUGGCGUCCCGGAUACAACCCGAGGAUGAGCGCUUCCACAUGCUUGUGCGGUUGUUGAAACGACUCCAAAACCUGCGUUCUGGGUUGGUUCUGCCAUGGCUUGGUAUGGCGGCGGUGUGGAAGGAUAUGCCGCUGCUUGGGGAAUGCUUGCGCGAGGUCGCAGACUCUUCCUUUAUGACUACUACUUCUUCUUCUCCGGUUAAAUGGAUCUCUUUGCAGUCCUUAUUUGCCCGCCUCUACGGCAAGGGGAUCGCGGAGCGUACCGACCUUGCCAUCUGGGUGCUGCGUGAAGCGCUAGAAGAGUCGUUGCCGUACGGUUCGGCGCGCCAUGCGAUGCUGGAGGGGGCAUGCCAAUAG